UGCGGAGGGCGUCGCGGCGGCCCCUCCGGGCCCAGCCAGGCCGCGGGCGGAGCUGCCCGGCCGAGCUCCCUCCCCUCACCCCCGCCGGGGGUCUCCACGCAAGGGCGGCGGCUGCUGCGGCUCCCGCUCCCAGCUGCCGCCCCACGCCGGGCCCUCUCGCCGCCGCCUCCGCUCCUGCUGCCUGGCGGGGCCUGGAGCGAUGCUUCGCCGGUGAUGUCCGCGGAACACGAGAAGGACCCCGCCGCGGCGCUGAAGAGGCCCCGAGGUGGUGAUGGUGGAUUGGAUGCAUUAGGAGGCCCAGGUGUGCAGCUUGGCAGUCCAGAUAAGAAAAAACGAAAGUCGAAUGUUCAGGGGUCAUCCUUUCCUCCACCAUCUGAAUAUGCGCCUCCACCAAAUCCAAGCUCCGAUCACCUUGUAGCUGCAAAUCCGUUUGAUGACAACUACAACAAUCUUCCUUACAAGCCGUUGCCAUUGGGGAACCCAUAUUUUGCCAAUCCCAGCUACCCCGGUUUUGGAGGCUACAACACGUUCAGGAUGCCACCGCAGAUGCUUCCCAGGAUGUCCUCACCAUACGGUGCUACUUACCCACUUAGAAACCAGCCACACCCAUUUCCCCAGAACCCAGUGGGAAUGGUCUACAACCGGCCUCAAGCGAUUAACUUUGGGCCACAUGAAAAUGUGUCUUUUGGAAACCAGCCAUCCUAUAACAGUAACAUGAAUCAGAAUGUUGCCAUGUCCGGCCAACACUUCAGGCCAAAUCCUGGUGAGAAUUUUGGUCACAUUCCUUCACAGAACACAACACAGAUGUCACCCCAUGACAUGCCAUUGCACUUUGGACCUGGCAGCAACCCCAAUUUCAACAAUUCCCAGAUGGAGUCAAACCAUUCUUUCUUUCCCUUGCCAAACAAUUACAACCAGACAAAGCCUUUGCAAAAGCAAGGUGCAAAUAAGCACAACCACCCCCCGCCACAACAUCAUCUGCACGGCCCAGAGGACACUGCGAACUCAGGAAACACAGAUAUAAAGACUGUGAAUCGAAAUAACCCAGCAAACCAGGAGAGCAUCCCUUCUAAAAAUGUUGAAAAUCUGAACAGCAGUCAUGCGAAUGGGGCUCAGAACAAGCCCCGGCUCCCCAGCCAAGGUCCAGCUGAAGGAGGCGGCUCUGAGAAGGGCAGCAAGAUGCCCCUACACCCUGGUCAGCAUGGUCACGCCACCUCUGAGCCAGUCUAUCCUUGUGGGAUUUGUACCCACGAAGUGAACGACGACCAAGAUGCCAUCUUGUGUGAAGCUUCUUGUCAAAAAUGGUUUCAUCGGAUCUGCACAGGCAUGACGGAAUCUGCGUAUGGACUGCUCACUGCAGAAGCAUCGGCUGUGUGGGGCUGUGACACCUGCAUGGCGGACAAGGAUGUUCAGCUGAUGCGCACCAGAGAAACAGUUGGGCCACUAGUGUUGAAUGCUGAUGCGUGAUGUUCCUUCAGA